AUGGAGAAGGAAAUCUCGCCAGAAACGAGAGAUCUCCUCGAGAACUACGCUCACGUUGCGCCCGAAGACAUCCAAGAACACAUCAUGACAAUGCGUGACAAGAUCUGGGAAGUCUUCCCCUACCCCUGCGUGGGCCACUUCUCCUUCCUGGACCUCAACCUCCGCCACCGCGCCGUCUACCCCUCGCUCGUCGCGCGCCUGCAGGAGCCCGGCGCUCGGCACCUCGAGGUGGCCUGCUGCAUCGGCCAGGACCUGCGCAAGAUGGUCUACGACGGCGUGCCCUCGCAGAACAUCACCGCCAUCGAGAUCGAGCAGGGCUACAUCGACGCCGGCUACGACCUCUUCCGCGACAGGGACACCCUCAAGACCACCUUCGUCAACGCCGACAUGCUCGACGACAAGAGCGCGAAGCUCAAUGCGCUCGAGGGCCAGUUCGACUCGGCGCACCUGGGGCUGUGCCUGCACCUGUGGAACAGGGGGGACCAGAUGACGGUGCUGAGGCGGGUGAUCCGCCUGCUGAAGCAGAAGCCGGGUGUGGUCAUGGUGGGACACGCGGUUGGGCACGCGGACGGGUUGGAGUUGCCGGGCAUGUUCAACAAGCCCAGCCUGCGGCAUAACCUGCAGACGUGGGAGAGCAUGUGGGUUGACAUAUCCAAGGCGACGGGCACGCGGUGGAAGCUCAAGACGGAGGUGAGUGACCAGAUUGGAACCAUGGAUGGGCCUGGCGCGAAGAAGCCCGCGUGGUGGGACAAGGACUGGCGCUUUGUCGCGUUUGAAGUCACAAGAGAGGAGUAA